AAAGAUAGUUCAAUCUGUAAGAAAGAAUGCAUAAGUGAAUUAGGAUAUGCUAAACAUUAUAAUGCUCUUCUUAGUACAAUAUGUCCUGUUUGUAAAAAGAAAACCUAUUCCAAUACUGGAAUCUGUAGCAAUUAUAACAAAAUUUAUGAUUAUGCUUGGUAUGGAAGUAAAAAAACUAAAACAGAAUCUAAUAUGGUUAAGACUUAG